UAAUUAUUGUGGGAUGUGAAGUAGAGUCCACUGUAAACACCAGUUGGACACAGACUUUAAAAAACACCAGUUGGAAACAGACUUUAAAAACGACCUAUUUUUUUCAAGUUGUCGAAGUUAAUGCAACAUUUAAAUGGAUACCUAUCUGUGAUUAAUGGACGCAUUUGAUUGUAUGCCUCGACUGAUUUCAGCUUUUCCAUUCCAUAGACCGAUCUACAGGCAGUCCGCGAUCAUUAUAGUUGUGUUCAAGAGCGGUCGGUGAAAUCGGUCACUAAUAAAUAAUGGAGACCGCGCAGACUUCUAUGAGAAUGGGUUGCCCGUUUUUAAUGAAGAGGCUGAUACGAGGUUAACUUAAUUUACUGUAAACGUCAGAGUUGGGGGAACAUUAAGUUGUCUUCACUCAGGAUGGGAGUCCUCAAGAUCAUGCUGCUCAUCUUUGAGUCUGUUCUGUUGUCUGACUGUGCAAGGGGUCCUCCGUGGGUGUCUGAGAGGGUGGCCCACAGACAGCCAGUGCGCCUGGGGAGUUCCAUCAAGCUACCAUGCUCUGUGGAGGGAGACCCUCCACCCCUCAUCAUGUGGACCAAGGACGGCCGCAACAUCCACAGCGGCUGGAUCCGCUUCCGCAUCCUCCGCCUGGGCCUGAAGAUCAAGGAGGUAGAGGCCGAGGAUGCUGGAACCUACGUCUGCAAAGCCACCAAUGGCUUCGGCAGCGUUAAUAUCAACUAUACCCUCAUUGUCAUCGAUUACUCUGGCGCUGAUAAGACUGGGCCAGGGGUCCCUGGUGGGGUGGACUCAGAGUAUGGCCCUGACGGCCUAUCAGGAAAACUAGUUCGUCCCCGUUUCACCCAGCCUGCUAAAAUGAGGAAGCGUGUGAUCGCCCGGCCCGUCGGGAGUUCUGUGCGGCUGAAGUGUACAGCCAGCGGUAACCCUCGGCCAGACAUCGUGUGGCUGAAGGACGACAGGCCACUGACGGAGAGUGAGGUGGGCGAGGGGCGCCAGAAGAAGUGGACCCUGAGCCUGAGGAACCUGACCCCGGAGAACAGCGGCAGGUACACCUGCAGGGUCUCCAACCGAGCCGGAGAGAUCAAUGCCACCUACAAAGUGGAGGUCAUACAGCAGACCAACUCCAAGCCCGUCCUGACAGGCACUCACCCAGUCAACACCACAGUGGACUACGGUGGGACUACCUCAUUCCAGUGCAAAGUGAGGAGCGAUGUCAAACCCGUCAUCCAGUGGCUCAAGCGUGUGGAGUCCAACGAGGAGAGUCGGUACAACUCCACCAUUGAGGUGGGCGACCAUCACUUCGUGGUUCUGCCCACGGGAGAGGUGUGGUCACGCCCUGAUGGCUCCUACCUCAACAAGCUGCUCAUCACCCGUGCCAAGGAGGAGGACUCUGGCAUGUACAUCUGUCUGGGCGCCAACACCAUGGGCUACAGCUUCCGCAGCGCCUUCCUCACCGUUCUGCCAGACACCAAGCCACCCAUCACCCCGAUGUUCACCCCAGUCUCCAGCCCCCUCCCUUGGCCUGUCAUCAUUGGCAUCCCUGCUGGCAUGGUGUUCAUCUUUGGUACAGUGCUGCUGUGGUUCUGCCAGAGUAAAAAGCACUGUUCCCCAACCAGCACUGCAUCUGCCCAGGUCCUGCAGGCCUCCCACCGGCUGCCCUACCGGGAGAGGGACAGGAGCUUUGUGGCCCCUUCAUCCAGCCCAGAGAAGGACUGCCUGGGCUCCAUAAACUAUGAGGAGUAUCUGGCUCAGCAGCAGCUUCUCCUCACUCAAGGGGGCUCUGCUCUCCCCCCCAAAAUCUACCCCAAAAUCUACAAUGACAUCCACACUCACACACACUCCCACGUGGACGGGAAGGUGCACCAGCACAUUCACUUUCAGUGUUAGCCAUGUGCCAAAUGUUGUCCCCCUCUCUGUGCCUCUGAAGGAUUGCAUCGUAAAGCGAAGGUCUGAGCUUUGGACUGAACCUCGGAGAACAGCUCUCUGGUUAAACACAUCUGGGGCUGCUCUUUGAACUGUCACCUUGCCUGUGCUGGAUCUUGAUCUAACUGGACAUAUCUGGGGCUUUAUAAUGAUCAUUCAGUACUGUACAACAGUGAAAUUAAGGUGAUGGUACAUGAGCAGUUUUAGAGGUUAGUGCAUAAAUGGCUGCCCUAGUGAUUUCUCAACUAAAAUAACAUCUUCCAAUGACAAUGUAUGGUUUUUACUGUACCUGCAAACCUGCCUGGUCCUUGGUGCUACUUUUUUUCAUAUCAAAACCACUGAACCCUGAUGUGCACUUAAAUCACCAAAAGAUUCUGCAAUGCGUUAAAGGCAGCUAUUCAGACUUACUGAGAGUGCAUAUCCUUCAGUAAAUACAUAAAUAAUCCAUCAUUAACUUGUUUACCCAUAUCAAAUAACCAACAAGGAUUAGGGUCAGUUUUGACCUUUUAUCUCUGAUGUUGGGUAUAAGAUACAGUACUUAAGCUCUGCUAGGUGAUGUUGAAGGCGGUAUUAAAUACAAUACAAAAGGGCUGGUAUUACGCUCAUACUCAGGUAGCCCCUUUGAUUUUGGUAAAUGUUUAUUGUUCAAAUGCACAUUCAUUUAACCCAGACCACUAUUGAUGUGCCACCAAUAAUCCUGUUUUUCAAUCACAAAAAAAGGCAAUAUGAAAAUACAUUGUUAGCAUUUAUUUGGUAUGUGAAUCAUGUCCAUAUCAAAGACUGCAAAUAGAAUAUUGUCCCAAUGUUGACUGGACUCGCUAAAUAUCAUUGCCAGAAUCCAAACGUUACCACUAGCCUUUUGUGUUUUGUAGAAUCCUUGCAAAUAUCGUGUUGCAUUGAAUACAUAGUCCGCAGUCUAAUUCAACCACAUUUUAGAUGUUAUGGAGAAAAUGUAUUUUUCAAAGUCAGGCAUUUUACAUGCAUUUUGAUUUUUUAGAAAGGUACAUUUAAUAAGGUUCUGUAGUUGCAAUGUAAUAUGAAAGACAAUGCCAAUAAGGAUAAUCAUAGUUUAUGCAAGUACUUAUACACAAUUGGUUGUUUGACAAUCUUGUAUGAUAUACCAUUAAAAAAAAAGUUGAUUUGAUAAAAGGACAGGCACAGAU